UUAACACAUGAUUAGUUUCAAUGAAAAAUCGUUAUGACAUUACAAUUAUUUAAUUACACGAUAAAUUGUAAACAAUACUGAUGUAAGCCAGACAAUAUGUAGAUAUAGAUCAUUUCUAUUAUAAAUGAUAAUUACAGAUUUGUGAUGUUUAAAUAAAUCAAUGACUUCUUAGUAUUGAUGACUGUUGUAAUUUUGAAUUCCAAAUACAAUACAUUCGUUCGGGCUCAUCUGAUACUUCUUGAUUAAAUUGCGUUAUUCCUGGGAUUACUAGUUUAUACUACAAUUCAAAUACUUCUAAUUAUCAUAUUGGCGUCGCGACUGAGCCUGUGAUGGAACGGUUAAAUAUAAAUUCAGAUUUUAAUGCUUUUGAGGAGUACAUGGAAAGGUUCGAAAUCUGGGCUAUGACCAAGGGAGAUGAUGAGGAUUUUAAUAUUGUGGCCCAUUUUCUUACAUUCAUCGGGAAAGAAGCAUACAGCCUUAUAAAGAUUUUGGCACUUUCAGACAAACCGAUUUCACUCCCCUAUGCAACUCUCAAGCAACUGCUGUUGGAUCAUGUAAAGUAUACAAAUUCCGAAUGCGGUAAGAAAGGAAAAUCCGAUAAAAUGACUCGUCAGAACAUCAGAAAUUCCACUUAUUCAAACAGUCGUCGUAGUUCGAUGCGUAAUGAAAGUUAUUUAGACAAUACUUCAUUGAGUUGUGAAACAGUCCAUGAUGAUGAGCACGAGUUUAGUAAAUGCAUGUUCUGCGGCAAGUUUCACCCCUGUAAUUCAUGUAUAUUUCGUAAUUCUAAAUGCUUUAAAUGUGGUAUAACUGGACAUAUUCAGUCAGUUUGUAAUACCAUGGUUCAUUCCGCUGAAAGUAAUGCUAAGAUGGAUGCUUCUAAUGAUCAGUUAUCUUUAUUUAGAAGUGGUAUAACGUCACAUAGCAGUCCAGAGUUAACUGAAACUCAGAAUCAUUGUGAGACAAAAAAUUUUAACCAACAAACUUAUCGGAUUUCUCACGAUAUUGAACCAGAUAUGGUUUGUCGUAAUAAUUCACAUACUUCUGAUGGAAUUUCUUACAACUCUGAGAAUAGAAUGUUAAAUGAGUCAAAUCAUGAUCAAAAACCAGAUUCAGUCUUGGAAAAUAUUUCAGAGAAAUCAAAUUCUGAUAUCAUAUCAAGUGUCAGUGGUCCUCACAAUGAAUUUAUCUCUAAUGAUAUUCCUCAUGAAUGUGACAAAUAUGUUUCUUAUGAGUUGAAUUCUAGUCAUAUUUCUGAUGUUAUUGUGUCAUAUGUUGGAUACUCUCACGAACAAUGCAUGUUGAAUAGAAUCCCUAGUCAGGGGUAUAAUGAAUCAGAGGGGAUAGCAAAGUUUACCGAAAUAAUCAGAGAACCAGCUUGCCCAGAAGUGAAGCUUGCACAGACAGAGAAUUCAAAUCAAAUCCAAGAUUAUCCUAAUGAAUAUGAGGCAGAUGAAUGUUUUCUAUUCGAUUGUUUCGCAGGUAAAUCAAGCCUAGUUGAAUCACAUGUGUUAAUUACAUAUAUCAAUGCAUAUCCAUCUGUGUAUUCUAAUAUGAAUAACAAAAAGUAUAUGUAUCAUGAUUUUUAUUCAAGUCAAAGUCACAUGAUGGAAUACCUCGAAUUAUAUAUCAGUGUUUAUUCCCAAAUACUCACAUACAGUAGGCGAUGCGUGAGAUUUGAGAAGAUACUGCAAAUUGGAAAUGUCAUAUUGGCUAAAACAUUGCGACAUAAGGACCCAACAUUAUUUCGUGGGGGAGGAUAUUGUUGGAAAGUAUAUGAUGCAAAUUCUAAAUAUCAAUGGUUUCACUACACAACCGACAUGCUGAUUGUAUACAAUUCUAGAACCCAGGUGAGUCUGUUCCAAUUUCCGUUGUUAAUUCUAAUACUAAUGAGUGCAUUCUAGAUAAUACAGAGUGUACAUUCAAUAAACCAUCGGACAGAUACACCUACACUUCAAUUUGAGCUGUGGCGGAUGUGAUGUUUAAAUAAAUCAAUGACUUCUUAGUAUUGAUGACUGUUGUAAUUUUGAAUUCCAAAUACAAUACAUUCGUUCGGGCUC